AUGGGGUUUUAUAUCGGACGAACGCAGGCCGAACCGAAUGGACUUUACUUACCGAAAUUUGUUGGCACCAGAUGGGCCACAAUUCAUCCCCCCACUGACUUUCGGGCUCCCAAGCUAACCGGGCCACCCCCGGGGGUUGAUUUUAUGAAAAGAAGCCCGGAUUCCGGAGGAAUGGACAAAACUCCUCCUGUAACAGGAAAGCGCCGAGGCGGAAGCCGAAAAGCAUGUAAUGAAUGUAAACAACAGAAGGUGACAUGUCACUUAUGCCACCUUGACUCAGGAUACGCUAAACUGGGCACUCCUCCCACCAUCACAGCAAUCAAAUUCUCCGAUGUGACAUUGUACAAAAUCCCGCUGCGGAGUGUUCGCGCUGCCGUAGACUUGGGAUCGACUGCAAAGUUGAACAGUCAUUUAAGCGGAUCUCCAAGAGAAGGUGAAAAAUUCUCAUAUCGCUCCUUGGCUCUUCACCUCACUCAUUGA